AUGGCAUCCAAACCUUAUGAAGUAAAAUGGGGUAUCUUAGCUACAGGAGGAAUCGCAACCACCUUCUGCAAAGACAUCCUCUGCAAUCCCGCCACUCGUAACGUCCACGAUAUUCAACACACCAUCACAGCAGUAGCAUCCUCAUCUUCCGCUUCCCGCGCCGAGACCUUCCUCAAGGAAAUAAAAGCUCCUGCUGGUAUCAAAGCAUACGGUUCAUAUCAUGAACUCGUCAAUGAUCCCAAUGUCGACGUAAUCUACAUUGCCACUCCUCAUUCGCAUCAUUUUCAAAAUGCCAUGUUAGCACUACGUGCCAAUAAACAUGUUUUGUGUGAAAAAGCCCUCACUGUAAAUGCAGCUCAAGCACGAAAACUAUUCGAGACCGCUAAAGAGAGGAAUUUGUUUUUCAUGGAAGCGGUAUGGACUAGAUAUUUUCCCUUGAGUAUUCAAGUCAGAGAAUUGGUUAAAAAUAAAGAAAUCGGGGAAGUGCAUCGAGUAUUUGCAGAUCUUUCAAUCGCCGAAGCAAAUGAUGAUGGAAGCCUCAACUUCCCUCUUGAAAACCGCAUGAUAAAUCCUGCUCUGGCAGGCGGUGCCCUCUUAGAUCUCGGUAUCUAUGCCAUAACCUGGGUAUUUCAAAUCCUCUACCAUUGUCAACCCUGUUCAUCAUCUGAGCGCGAAAUCCCCAACAUUCUCGCCGCCGUGCAGAAAUAUGAGAAAACGGGCGUGGAUGAACAAACAAGCAUCAUAUUACAAUUCCCCAAGAAUAAAAGCGUAGGAAUUGCAACGACAGGAAUGAGAGUUGCGACGCAACCAGAUGCUCCUAAUCACGCGAGUAAAGAUGAAGCUCCUACGAUAAGAAUCCAAGGCACAAAGGGAGAAAUUCAGGUUUUUGGUCCCGCGUAUCGACCAUUGAGAUAUAGCGUUUUGAAGAAUGCGAAUGAGGCUGGGGAUUUCAAGACGGUGGAUUGUGAGAUUCCCCGGGACCCUGGGAGGGAGAAUUGGGGACAUGGGAUGGCGUGGGAGGCGGAUGAAGUGGGAAGGUGUUUGAGAGAUGGAAAGAAGGAAAGUGAGGUGUUGGAUUGGAGGGAGAGUGAGGUUAUUAUGGGGGUUAUGGAUGAGGUUAGGAGACAGGGGGGUUUGAAAUAUAGUGAGGAGAUUGAGUCGGAUGUUUUUGAUGAGAAGAGUGUUUUGAAUGGGAAGGCUUGA